AUGGCGCUUAACUUAAGUGUCAAGGUUCAUCCCGUAGUAUUAUUUCAAAUUGUAGAUGCUUACGAGCGACGAAAUGCAGAUUCCCACAGAGUUAUUGGCACCUUGUUGGGCACUUGCGACAAGGGGGUUGUGGAGGUAACCAAUUGCUUCUGUGUGCCGCACAAGGAACAUGCCGACCAGGUGGAGGCUGAACUCAACUACGCUAUGGAUGUUUACGAGCUAAAUAGACGCGUUAAUGCGUCAGAAAACAUCGUCGGUUGGUGGGCAACUGGCAAUGAGGUAACCAACCACUCCUCUGUGAUCCAUGAGUAUUACUCACGCGAGUGCCGAGAGCCAGUACAUGUGACCCUGGAUACGUCCCUGCAGGGCGCCCGCAUGGGCCUGCGUGCCUAUGUGUGUGUGGCCCUAGGUGUGCCACGUGGAAAGCUUGGCUGCAUGUUCACACCUAUUGAUGUCUCACUCACCUGUUAUGAGCCUGAGAUUGUAGGUUUGAAUCUCUGCCAGAAGACAAUGGGUGGUGGGGGACGAUCGCGGCAAGUGCAGCCCAUGUUAGACCUGGCACAAGUGGCUGAAGCUGCAUCCAAGUUAUCAUCUUUGUUGGAUCAAGUGCUAGCUUACGUUGAGGAUGUUUUAGCCGAGAAGACAGAGCCGAACAAUGCAGCUGGAAGGCAGCUGCUCGAGCUUGUCAAUUCUGUGCCUAACUUAUCUGCUGACACUUUUGCAGAUGCAUUUGCAUCCAGUGUUAAGGACUUGCUUAUGGUGGUGACCUUGGCUCAACUGAUCAAGACACAACUGCAGCUCAACGAGAAGCUGACGCUGUUGACAUCACAGUGA